AUGUCAAAACUAGGCUAUGUAACAGGUGGAUACACACCUCUUAUGAUUGCAGCUGAAGAGGGAAACUUGGAAAGGGUCAAGCAGUUUUUGCCAAAAUCCCAAAUAAAUCAAAAGAAUGAAAGUGGAUACACAGCACUUGCAUUGGCAGCCAAAAGCGGGCAUUUAGCAGUUGCGAAAGAACUUAUAAAGAACGGAGCAGAUGUGAACGCGAGGAAUAAUGUAAGAGAUAUUUAGUCAGGGCAAACUAUUUUGUUUAUCGCGGCUUGGCAUAAUCAAAUUGAAGUGAUCAAAGAGCUUUUGAAUUUUAAUGCAGAUAUUGAUGCAUAUGACCAGCGUGGGUGGACUCCUUUGAUGAUCGCUGUUUAUCAUUCUUACCCAGCUACUAUUCAAUUUUUGCUUGAACAUGGCGCAGAUCCUAAACAUAAAGACUCAGUAAUUACUAAUUAGUUUGGAAAAGACUGUAUUUCAAGAUGCAAAGAUGAAAAAAUUAAAGCGAUUUUAGCACCUGAACCAGUGGAAGAAAAAAGCGUGAAAAGCAGAAAAUCACCUGUGAGGACAAAAGCAGGAGUUUCUCCUCAGAGAUCAAGAGAUCCAACUCCUAAACGAGUUACAACUCCUCAAAAAUCAAGGGAAACAACCCCCAAGCGAGAUGUGCAUCCUGCAGCAAUUUACCAGUCACUUAAUUUAGACUCUGAGCCUGAAGACAGAGUAUCAAAAUUCAAAGAUGAGCUAGAAAGGCACAUAAAAGCCAGCACAACAACUCUAGCUUGCAGGUCUGCUGAGAACUGCUUGAAUAGGAUUAAAAGGACUAUAAAUUCUGAAAUUGUGAAAGCUUAUGAACUGAUGCAUACCCAGAUUCACAAUAAGCUUGCACAAAAUCUACAGCAACUGUAUGAAAAUAUGGGCUCAAAACUUGUGCAAGCACUAGAUACCCAAUGUGAGCAAGGAGGAAUGGCAAUUCCUCAAGCUUCAUAUAACCAGCCACCACUUCAAAUUUCAUUCCAAGCAAAAAGAGGACUGCCUAAGCUUCAAUCAUUAGAACAGCCUAAAGUUUAUGACAGGCUAAACAAAAUGCCGUAUGCCGUCAAUAAAGACCAACUCAGACGAUCUUUUUCAUCUGAGGACUUGCAAAGUGAAAUGUAUUCGCAAAUUGACAGAGAAAUAGAAAGAUUAUCACAAAAACUUGAUACUUAAACUUGCUACAGGUUUGGCUGCUGCCUAUUGUUAACGCGGUCACCAAGGAUUCCCGCACGGGAUUCACCCUUUUUGCGGCGUCAGUAGGGAGAACUUUUUUCAAAUUAAUGACUCCCCGGGCGAGUUACGGCUCUUUCACCACCUUUCCUCUUCUUCACCACCUGACGCCAUGGUACUUGCGAAGUAGGGUUCUUUGCCUUGGUCUCCUCCUUGCCUUGUCGACUCCAGUGUUGAGUGGGAAGGCUAUGGAAUUCUGCGACUGCUGCUUGGGUUGAACGAAGGUUGCCCGCACAAAAAAUCAAAAAAAUAAAAAAAAUUCAAAGUAUGGGGCGUAACUACCAGUUUCAGUAGUAAGUUGCCUAAAUAGUUUAGGCAUUGCCGCAGACUUUGCUGUGCUUUCCCUUUUCCAGCUCUGAAUCCUCCUUUUCUCUAGAAGUAAAAUCCAAUCCUAAAAGCGGACAAGGACUAGGCUAUUAUUACCAGAAUUACUUACCUGGUAUUGCUGCCCAUUUCUAGAUUAACAAACCUUGCCGGAAUAAUGAAAUAUGUGCUUUAAGGAGUCGGCGAAGCUGACCGCGAAGCCCUGAGACCCCCAUAUUUAAUCAUCCGCCACAAACCCUUGAUACAAUUAGCUCACAAGAGAUUCAGGAAGAAGUAAAGCAUAAAGUGGACCAGCUCUCACGUCAUUUAUUGCAUGAAAUUGAAGCAAAUAUGGCCCAUGCUACUUCCAAAAUAUAUAUUGAACUGCAAAAAGUGGUCGAAGAGAGAUUCCAGCAGAUUCAUGAAUUUAAUUCAGCGAAUCAAGUGAAUGAAAGCAAUCAAGAAAUUAAAAAUGUCAUGACUCCCCCUGGAAGGAUGAUGCCGAAACUUAAGCUAGAUAGCCUGCAAGAUUCAAGGAAGUCAGAAAACUAUGAUUAUAUCCAAAAUAUAGCAUCUAGUUAUAAAGAUAUGAAAAAAUAA